GAACUUGCUAGUGGACAUGCCGAGCCAUAUCUCCAGUCUGGCGCUUACUACCUCAAUCUCAUUCGUACUGUUGAGGACCGUAGAGCGGGCACAGUGCUGCCAUGCAUCAUACUUUACGCAGCCGGACCACACAUUGGUUUCUCUGGUGCGGCUUUCUCACGCAAGAUACGUCAAGAUGUGCUCACCCCACUGCUCGGCACGGACUUCCACCAUUGUGACGAAGACGCAUUCUGUAUACUCGUACACGCGCUGCGUGCCUACAAGAAUGCCGUGAUCGCAUUGGAGCACUACUAUGCAGUUGACUUGCCGCUCAUUCAAGCUCGUCCACCCGCAAAGAUGCCACAGCUAUUGUUUCCCUAUCCGAUGGCAUACCACGACACGAAUGGUCGCGAGGUCGGCUUCAAGUACAUUGAGCCAAUGGACACCGGAACAUUAAUCUUUCGCGGUGUUACCGAUCAUGACAGCCGGCCCAUCGUAAUCAAAUUCACCCACCGAUAUUCGAAGGUUGUCCACGACUGGUGUGCAGAUCACCUGUGUGCACCAAAGCUGCUCGCCUGCGAGCGGAUUCCAGGGCGAUGGUUCAUGGUGGUGAUGGAAUCGGUUCCUCUGCAUGAGUACUGCAAUUUGUCUAGACAGCGCUAUCUCCUUUCUCAUGAGCAAAUGCAACACGUCCGGGAGAAUGUGGAGAAAUUUGUUUCUAAAUUGUGGGAAGCCAAUUUCGUACACGGUGAUCUGCGGGAUGCCAAUAUCCUAGUGAAUGCAGACGGUACAGACUUCAAAGUAGUGGAUUUCGACUGGUCUGGAGCGAUUGGUGAAGCGCGGUACCCUUCCAAUAUGAACACAGUCACAGUGCGUCGCCCA